AUGAUUGAGAAGAAAGAAAUGGAGGGAUUGGCUAUUGGCGUGUGCCGCAUGAAAUCUGGUGAACGUGCCUUGUUACAUGUGGGUUGGGAAUUGGGCUAUGGCAAAGAAGGAAACUUCUCGUUCCCAAAUGUUCCUCCCAUGGCGGAUAUUUUAUAUGAGGUUGAGCUUAUUGGUUUUGAUGAAAUUAAAGAGGGGAAAGCUCGUAGUGACAUGACAGUAGAGGAAAGGAUCGGUACCGCUGACAAAAGAAAGAUGGAUGGAAAUGCUUUGUUCAAGGAGGAAAAACUGGAGGAGGCUAUGCAACAGUAUGAAAUGGCCAUAGCAUAUAUGGGAGAUGACUUCAUGUUUCAGUUGUUUGGCAAGUAUCGGGAUAUGGCUUUGGCAGUAAAAAAUCCUUGCCACCUUAACAUGGCAGCAUGCAUGAUAAAGCUCAAGCGCUAUGAUGAAGCAAUUGGGCAAUGCAGCAUGGUAUUGGCGGAGGAUGAGAACAAUGUCAAAGCACUAUUCAGACGAGGAAAGGCUAAAGCAGAACUUGGGCAGACAGAUGCUGCCCGGGAAGACUUUCUUAAGGCUCGCAAAUUUGCUCCAGAAGACAAAGCGAUUUCAAAGGAGUUACGUUUGCUUGCCGAGCAUGACAAGGCUGUUUAUCAAAAGCAAAAGGAGCUCUACAAAGGAUUAUUCGGACCAAGACCAGAACCCAAACCCAAGCAAACAAAUUGGCUAAUCCUGAUAUGGCAGUGGCUGCUGUCAUUGUUCUAUCGCCUUUUCAAGCUUGAAAGGCACAAGGCUGACUAA